AUGCGCCUGAUAUUUUCCUUCUGUCCUCCCCACCCCUCUCAAGCCCGAUCACCGUCCUCGUCGGCUUCCACUUUCAACUUCAUCUACGGACCUGCAGGACGCGAAUUCCCCUGGGACCAGUUUCUGUCUCUACCUCCGGCCGAUCGCGGUCUCAUUAAACAGCUUCGCAUUCAGGUGAGCAGCUGUUGGUUUUCUGGAAGUUGUUUACCUGCUAGCACGCUUGUUCAGGCACCUUCUAUCUGGCUUUUGACCGCUGUCCUCAACGAAUUGCCGACAGGAAGAGUCACUGUGUGGAGCUUAGCCGUAGUAGUGUUGCCAACCAAUAAUCGGCAGGUAAACAGAUUGUCGUAUAAAAACUCUAAUAUACUUACUGCAUCUCAACUAAAAAAGUUCUUGUACUGAGCACACCGAAACUACGAUAAGAUGUGCUGAAAUGGUGAAGUUGCACCCGGAACCCGCCGAGACUGAUGUAGCCAUUUCUGGCCUUGUUGUCAUCAUCAUAUAGGCAAAGUAAGUCUCAGGCCAGUCCCAGUUACUCCAUCAUUGGGCACUUUGUGUCGAGCGAUCUACCACUUAGUUCAAUGGUCCACAGUCUUCCGGCUGUCAUCGUUAAUCUUUGGAGUCGUGUGUGACUGCGAGUCAUCAAUAAGUCCUCUCUGCAGAACAGGAGUUCUGUCUUCCGAUAAAGAUUUGAGGUUUGCAUGUCAUGGGAAGUUGUUAAUUUCAACGCAGUACUUUGCAUUUGAAAUCUCCUUGUAGUUGGAAGAACUGGAGGAAUCGAGAGAGGCCCUCCUGCGCAAACAACGUCUGCUGCAAACGGAACUUGAGGAAACCCAACAAACCUUGUCUUUUACCUCAGAGGUCCGUUGGAAACACUGGCCUUCCCAAAAUUUAUGGAUAGGCGGACUGAUUUAUCGACGUAAUUCAACAACGUCGCCACAUUCGAGAGUCCAGCAAAGCUUGAAGCUGGCAGGGCAAUGUCGUCAGAGUUAUUGAGUGCAGUUAGCUGGGGAUCGAAUGAAAAUUCCAUUGAACUAUUCUUGUGGAGUCAUGUGAUGUAUCAAUCAUGUAGUUAAACCUCAUUGGCAGAACGCGGCACGGAAAUCUACUGAGGAAGGUAGUCAGGAGGCCUGGAACCUUCGAGUCGGCCCGACUCUCAGCAUCCGCUCUGCCAUGUCCUAG